GAAAACAAUAAGUAUUAAUAAUAGUGGAGCUUCAAGCCCUUAACACCGGUUGAAGACUUGUAUGAAAAAAACGGCGUUGAAAACAAAAAUUCUGACUCACACUAUACAAUUGUGGUUGCGCAAGCCCAAAAUUUCCGUUAUCUCCGACUUAUUGUCAUCGCUGGCGCAAAUUAGUUCGAAUGCGCGCUUAUGAAAAGAAUUUGAUUGUGACGUUUAAUCAGAGAAGAUCCAUUUUUCCGUGAGGAAAGUUAGCGUCAAAAUGCCGAUGGUAACAUUUUGGCGCACUUUUAUAGAGGCAUUACAUGCACUUAUAUUUUUCGGUUACUGUAAAAGAGAAGAAAGGUAAGGCUCGAAACUGGUAAAAAAUGUCAUGAUGUUGCGACGGAAAAAAAACACGUGCAACAUGCAUUUCCUUCUUUUCGAGCGGGCCGAUCGCGGGCCAAAAGAAUCUCCAUAAAAUAACUUGAGAUUCCAGGUCUAUCACAAUGGUUGGUAUUUUGCAUACGAAGAAAUACAUUUUGAACAGAAACCAAAAUUGAAACAAAUUGAAAUCUCUUUAAAAAAAAAACGCAAGUAGGAAAAUUGCAAAUCUGAGCUUUAAAUAUUCGUCUCUUCUUUGUUUACGUUCAGUGUUGUAGAAAGAGAGAAAAGUUUUUUCAAUUUACUGAAUGCUUUAAAAAAGAACCCUUUAACUGACGCAACAAGCGAAUGCAUUAAUUGAAACAAAAAUGCAAAAAUUCACACGGUAAAAUUAUGCAUUUUGGUCUCAACGAUUUACACCAGGGGUGGCGGAGAAGAUGAGAGGUAAUAAAUGGGAGGGCAGGUAAGAGGAGAAAGGGAAAUGGAAGGGAGGGGUGAGAUGAGGAGAAAAGUUAAAACAAGAAAGAUAUGGGAGGAGAGGGUUGAGUUGGAAAAAGGAUGUGAAAGAAAAGGUAGGAGAGGGAAAGAGGAUGCAAGCGAGUUCAGGUGAAUUAAAAACAACAUCAAUGUCUUUCCCUUGCAGUGUGGCAGACAAAAAUGAAGUUUUACAAAAUGAAAGAGAAAAUCCUGGCCCAAGUGUUAGUAACACGGAUCAAAACUCUGGACGUCUAGGCGCAACUGUAAAUGAUGAACACAAUAACUUUAAGAAAAGGUCCAAGAUGAAGAAAAAAAAAAAAAAAAGAACAAAAGGACAAAAGAACAAAAAAAACCCCAAAAUUUGGACCAACAAGACCCAGUCACUGUGGAUGAUAACAAAAUACCUGUUCAAUGUGAGGCCCAACAUCAACCAGUUAUCUUGGAUGAUAACGAAAUGCCUGUUCAAUAUGAGGCCCUACAACAACCAGUUAUCUUGGAUGAUAACGAAAUUCCUGUUCAAUGUGAGGCCCACCAACAACCAGUUAUCUUGGUUAAUGACAAAAUGCCUGUUCAAUGUGAAGCGCAACAACAACCAAUUAUCUUAGAUGAUAACGAAAUGCCUGUUCAAUGCGAGGCUCAACAACAGCCAGAUAUCUUUGAUGAUGACAAAAUGCUUGUUCAAUGUGAGUCUCAACAACAACCAGUUAUCGUGGAUGAUAAUGAAAUGCCUGUUCAAAGCGAGGCUCAACAACAGCCAGUUAUCUUGGAUGAUGAAGAAAUACCUGUUCAAUGUGAGGCUGAAAAACAACCAAUUAUCUUGGAUGAUAACGAAAUUCCUGUUCAAUGUGAGGCUCAACAACAACCAGAUAUCUUUGAUGAUGACGAAAUGCCUGUUCAAUGUGAGGCUCAACAACAACCAGUUAUCGUUGAUGAUAAUGAAAUGCCUGUUCAAAGUGAGGCUCAACAACAGCCAGUUAUCUUGGAUGAUGAAGAAAUACUUGUUCAAUGUGAGGCUCAACAACAACCAGUUAUCUUGGAUGAUAACGAAAUUCCUGUUCAAUGUGAGGCUCAACAACAUCCAGUUAUCUUGGAUGAUAACGAAAUUCCUGUUCAGUGGGAGGCUCAACAACAGCCAGUGAUCUUGGAUGAUGAAGAAAUACCUGCUCCAAGUGUAACUGACUCUGAUCACAAGUCUGAACCUCUUGGCCCAAGUGUGAUGAAAGAAGACCACAGCUUUAAGAAUAGUUCCAUGAUCAAGAAAACAACGAAAAGAAAGAAGAAAAGAAGAAAAGUUGAAAUUAAGUCCCAAAGUCUCAUGGAGCAAGACCCAGCCAUCUUGGAUUAUAGAGAAAUGCCUGUUCCAAGCUUGGCUGAAGAGGAUCCUGCCAUUUUGGAUUAUAAAGAAAUGCCUGGCCAAGGGUAAGUGAAGUUCCCCGAAAAAAAAAAAAAAAACAGAAACAAUCAUAUAGACAACCAAAGAAGGAUAAAUUAAUGCCAAGUUGAUAAAUUUCAUUAACAAUACCAAACAUUUGGUGUCAUUUUGCUUACAAGAUUGAUUCCACCCCCUGUUUAAGAAAUGGAUUCCAUGUCACUGUG